GACGACGUGUUUAUCAGCUGAUUGGACGGGUUCCUUCUUCAGGCAGUCUGUGGAUCUCCUUCCUCAAGGACGUCUGACCAGCAGCGCAGCCACUUUUCCUAGAGUUUCAGUGCACCACCAAACGUCAGCAUGGGAAACAAGAGCAGUCUUAUGUUGCAGGAGCAGGAUAUCAGGGAAAUUCAGUCCGAAACGGGAUUUUUGCCAAGCCAGAUUGAACGGCUGUACAGCCGCUUCACCAGCUUGGACAAGGGAGACAAUGGCUGUCUCUCAAGGGAGGAUUUCCUUCGCAUUCCAGAGUUGGCCAUCAACCCACUUGGUGACAGAAUUGUUCAUGCUUUCUUUAAGGAGAGUGAGGGUGAUCGUGUAAACUUCUGUCAGUUUGUGCGUGUACUGGCUCACUUCCGUCCAAUUAAGCGAACUCAGGACAACAAACUUAAUGCACGAGAAGAGAAGCUGCGAUUUGCUUUCAAAAUGUAUGACUUGGAUGAUGACGACCGAAUCUCUCGUGAGGAGCUCCUUGCCGUACUGCAUAUGAUGGUUGGGGAAAACAUUAGUGAUGAGCAGUUAAACAGCAUUGCAGAAAGGACCAUCCUUGAGGCAGAUCGCGAUGGAGAUCAGAUGAUCAGUUUUGAAGAAUUUUGCACAGCUCUAGAGCGCACUGAUGUGGAACAGAAAAUGUCAAUUAAGUUCCUCAAAUAAUUUUUGUCACUGUUUUUCUGUGUCCAUGAAAAUAUCAAAAAUGCAUUUUCAGGGGAACGUACAUAGCAUUGACAAAAAGUUGAAAUGGAACAAAAGUAUAUAUAUAUAUAUACACAUAUAUAAAUAUAUAUAUAUACAAUUUGUAUAUACUUGGUUAGGUAUUUGUGUAUUUUGCCUUAAUGAAAAGAAUGCAACUAUUAAAAAUUAUAAUAACAGUAUUUUGUGAUGUGGCAGUAGAGAUAAACAUUACCUGAGUGAAUCGAGCAAGUAUUAGGAGGGUAUUUAGUAAUAGAGCUGCACUGUGUAUAUUAUAUAUUUUCAAAUAGAAUGAACAAAGAGGUCUUUCGUGAUUGUUCAGCUGAGAAUUCGCACAAAAUUAAGGUUGUUAUGAUAAUAGACAAGAACAAAUCAAGUCAACGAAACUCGUAUUUGCUGUUAGCUAAUCAUAGAUUAUAUAUUUAGCAGAAUUUUACCAUAUUGACAAGAUCACUUUUGGUAAGCAAUCACGCUAUUAGGUGGCCUUAUAUAAAGUUAACUUGCACAAACAGAAAUUAGUAACGUAUGAUUUCACAAGCAACAAGAUCAAUCAUUAUGUGUUGUCCUUAGCAUCAGUAAGGCAUCAGAAUGUCAGUUCUCCAGACCUUUGGUAAAGCAAUAAAAGGUAUAAUGCAUGAAUAAAAGUUCACUAACAAUGAAUUUAGUUAAUUCUAUUUAUAGGCACAGUCAGUAAAAUGAUAUGCAAUUUAUUUGAGAUAACACUUGAAUUAAAAGAAAUCUUAGAUGUUGGAUGCAUUCUUUGUGGUAAUGCCAUACUUUUGAAUACUUUCUUAACUCAUUCCUUCCUUAUUAUUGUCAUUUCUUUUCCAUAUAAUGUCAGCAGCAUGUACUUUAGCAUUUUGUGUUAUGUUUUGUUUUUGCAUAAUUUUUGUCUCCCUCUUGAGUUUGAAUUGAUAUAUUAUAUGAAAGAUUAUAUAGUGGAGUCUACAUAUUUACUGUUAAACCGAAUAUGUAUAUAUAUAUAUAUAUAUUGACGUGUGUUUUGUGUGAGCUUUACAAUGAGAGUAUGAUGUUUUUUAUCAUUCCUCGUUUUUUUUGUUUUUUGUUGCUGCUCCUCUAAUAAUCAGGCCUGUUUGUAUUUUGUUAUUUGUGACAGUACAUAAUGUUCAUACAUAGUAAGAUAUUCUGUGUUUUAUUAUUAUGAUUAUAAUUAUUAUUAUUAUUGUUUUUAUUAUAUGAAUGUUCAUGAAUUUUUGUAUAUAUGGCAGUUAUUUAUACAUUUUGUUUUUUGUUUGAUAUUUUGCAAAAUACGAUCUUAUGUAUUAAGCAGGCUUUGGGAAAUAGCCUCACUUCAUAUUUCAUAUGCAUGAAUUUAACAGCGUUCUAUUUGCCCUUGGUGCUGACCUAUCCAGUGUUUUAUAUAUUAUUUUCUUUUUUCAUUUCCAAGUGCCUGUUGCACAAUAUAAGUGUCUUUUAUCCCUCCUGACCAUGGUAUGUACAUUCCCAUAAAUAUUUUGCACAAAUAAUAUAUUUCUAUAAU